CUUCCCUGCUCUACGGCAAGGGGCACGCGUGUUUGCGACAGUGUGACGCUCGCAAGUUUUGGCGGGAAAAGCGCUGCAUUUGGAUUUCUGUGGUGGCGGGCAAAGGAUAGCCUGCCGUGGUACUUAGUGGAGUCAUGGCAGUGCCCUUUGUGGAAGACUGGGACUUGGUGCAAACUCUGGGAGAAGGUGCCUACGGAGAAGUUCAACUUGCUGUGAAUAGAAGAACUGAAGAAGCAGUUGCGGUGAAGAUUGUAGAUAUGAAGCGUGCCAUAGACUGUCCAGAAAAUAUUAAGAAAGAGAUCUGUAUCAAUAAAAUGUUAAAUCAUGAGAACGUAGUGAAAUUCUAUGGUCACAGGAGAGAAGGCAACAUCCAGUAUCUAUUUCUGGAGUACUGCAGUGGGGGAGAACUUUUUGAUAGAAUAGAGCCAGACAUAGGCAUGCCUGAACAAGAUGCUCAGAGGUUCUUCCAUCAACUUAUGGCAGGGGUGAUUUAUCUCCAUGGUAUUGGAAUAACCCACAGGGAUAUUAAACCAGAAAAUCUCCUGUUGGAUGAAAGGGAUAACCUCAAAAUCUCUGACUUUGGCUUGGCAACAGUGUUUCGACAUAAUAAUCGUGAGCGUUUAUUGAACAAGAUGUGUGGUACUUUACCUUAUGUUGCUCCAGAACUUCUAAAGAGAAAAGAAUUUAAUGCAGAACCAGUUGAUAUUUGGUCCUGUGGAAUAGUACUUACUGCAAUGUUGGCUGGAGAAUUGCCGUGGGACCAGCCCAGUGACAGUUGUCAAGAAUAUUCUGAUUGGAAAGAAAAAAAAACAUACCUCAAUCCUUGGAAAAAAAUUGAUUCUGCUCCUCUAGCUCUGCUGCAUAAAAUCCUUGUUGAGGAUCCAUCAAUAAGGAUUACAAUUCCAGACAUCAAAAAAGAUAGAUGGUACAACAAACCACUCAAGAAAGGGGCCAAAGGACCCCGGGUCACUCCAGGAGGUGUUUCAGAGUCUCCAAGUGGAUUCUCUAAGCACAUUCAAUCGAAUUUGGACUUCUCUCCAGUAAACAGUGCUUCUAGUGAAGAAAAUGUGAAGUAUUCCAGUUCUCAGCCAGAACCACGGACAGGUCUUUCCUUAUGGGAUACCAACUCCUCAUACAUUGAUAAACUAGUACAAGGAAUCAGUUUUUCCCAACCGACAUGUCCUGAUCAUAUGCUUCUAAAUAGCCAGUUACUUGGCACCCCAGGAUCCUCACAGAACCCUUGGCAGCGCUUGGUCAAAAGAAUGACACGCUUCUUUACCAAAUUGGAUGCAGACAAAUCUUAUAAUUGCCUGAAAGAGACUUGUGAGAAGUUGGGCUAUCAAUGGAAGAAGAGUUGUAUGAAUCAGGUUACUGUAUCAACAACUGAUAGGAGAAACAAUAAACUGAUUUUCAAAGUGAAUUUGGUAGAAAUGGAUGAAAAGAUCUUGGUUGAUUUCCGGCUUUCUAAGGGUGAUGGAUUGGAGUUCAAGAGACACUUCCUGAAGAUUAAAGGAAAGCUGAGUGACGUUGUGAGCAGCCAGAAGGUUUGGCUUCCUGCCACAUGAUAGAUCCGUUGGUUCUGGGGAUUCGGGUGAAUAUAGUGCUGCUAUGUUGACAUUAUUCUUCCUAGAGAAGAUUAUCCUAUUCUGCAAACUGCAAAUCUAAGACAAUAGUUCCUAAAGAAGUCUCUUCCCUCUCCUAUCCAAACAUGUUCCAAUUCUUUUUGUAUGUUCUUCAUACAAAUAAUACCUCUAUCUAAACUGUACAUAAAACUGGGGAAGGAAUAGGUAGAAUUCAUUAAAUAUUUCUUCAGCAGUGUUUAUUGGCUGAGUAUGAGAUCCACCUGGUAGAAAUCAAGUUUUGGGGUUACAUGAGUUUACCAGCUUUCAUAUCAACAUAAUGAAAGAUCAUGACCUUGUUCCAUUUUUACCAAAAUGUUUGUUUUCAUCCAAAAAGUACAGAUUUCCUCCACAUUGAUUUUAAUUAUAGGGAUGAAUUAGUAAAAGCUUAAUGCUUAUGACUUUUGGAAAACAGAUUUAUCAGUUUGUGAAGUGAAGACCAGUUUCAAAAAAUGUAUCCCCGAAAUUUGUACUUAUAUUUUUAGAAGUGCCUGUCUAAGUAUAUAAACCCAGUCUGAACUGUAACUAUUGAUUAAAACUGCAAGUAGAUAUGUUUUUCCUGAUGUAGCUAAUAAUAUAUAAAAUACUGGUUGGUCUUUCAAAUAGAAGUUGAGCGUGAACUUUAGUGCUUAACUAACUUUAUUCUAAAAAUUACUGUUGCACAUCUUAAUUAUUUUUCUAUAUUAUUUUCUACUUUCACAACCUUAUUUUAAUUCUUUA